AUAUUAUUCUAUGUUCUAUGUCUAUAUGUUUGUUUGACUACAUUGGUUAUUGGUACAAUUUUCUUCGUAUUGGGGAAUAAAUAUUAAUCUAUGACAUAAAUUUAACUUUCCAAUAUGUAUCGAACAGAUAAAAUGUUCAUGAAAGACCCGGCAACCGCCCCUCAGCGUAUAUAUAUCGGUGGUCUCCCUACAACGGUGGUAGCUGAUGAUUUGGAAUUGAAAUUCAGACAACAUGGUAAAAUAUUAGGAAUUGUCCUCCAAAGGGGAUUUGCAUUCGUCCAGUAUGAAAAGGAUGAUCAAGCACAAGCCGCUAUUCGUUUCGAGCAAGGUGCAAUAGUUCAUGGCAAAAAAAUUAUUGUUAAACCUGCUUUACCAGAUAGAAAUCGAUCUAAUAUGAAUACUUCAAAUUCAAAUCAAAAGCCUCAAGAAUCAAAUAACCAACAAAAAAAAAUUACUGGUAAUCAAAAUGCUAGUAACAUUCCCAACACUCCUAUCAAAAAAAUUGACCCUGAGGAGUUGCCAAAAUCUAAUCAACCUCCUGCAGAUGUUAGCACUUCACCUUGCUUUGAAGAAAAAGAAAUGGAGAUGAUUGCAGAAAAAUUUCAGGAAGCAGAUAAUCAACAAUCCUUCCCACCUAAAUCACAAAGUGUUAUAUCGUCAGAAAACUUUGAUGAUGAAGAUUCAAGGGGGCCAAUGCGAAAACGAAGAGGAAAAAGAGGAGCUAAACCAAGGCAUAGUGAUAGAUUUGUACCACAUCCACCACCAUUAGACAGAGAUAGAUUCAGGGAUGUAGGACCAUAUCAUCCUCAGGACAUGUAUCCUGAAUAUGAUAAUCCUUUACCUGUUGUAAUGGACAGACCUGAUAGAAAUGAUUGUGAAAUUAUUGUUGUUUCCAAGUUACUGACAGAAUAUGCAGAAUAUAUUGAAUCACGAUUGAAAUCACUUGGCCUCAUUGUUGAUCUUUUAUUUCCUAACGAAGAUGUGCCCAUAGGUCGUGUCCUAGCCAAUAUCUCUAGUCGAGGCUGUUUAUAUGCUAUACUUAUUAUGCCACAGAAUAAGGAUAACCAAAGUUUAACACUGAAUAUUUUACACGGAAUUCCCCAGGAGCAUAGAAAUAUGCCUCUUGACGAUGCUCUUCUCUUCUUAACAAGAAAUUUUGAGGCAUAUAUGAGAGGUGAAAAAGUCUCAACUACAGAUAAUGAAGGUAAAAUGACUAUCUAUGAUAAACACCCUAAUGGUAUACAGUUAUUAUUGAAUAUGCUUGCUGAAAAUAGAGUGUUGACUUCAGUUCAGUAUGAUAAAGUAAUAAAAUAUUUGGAAGAAAGAAGGGAAUUACAAGUACAAUUUGAAGUAAGUGAAGGCAUUGAAGUUGGUACAGAGAAUCAAGUCAAUAAACAAGCAGAAUUACAAAAUCGUAUAAUGAACAUAUUGAACAAAUCCGCUGAUAAUAGUAAAAUUGACAGUGAACAAGCUCCACCUCCUCCCCCUCCUUCAACAUCUACACCACUUCUGAAGGAUCCUACUGUCCAGAAAGCUUUGGAUAGCUUGUUAUCUGGGGAAAUGUUCAAAAAUAUUUCUACUUGAUAAGAUUAAUCGUUAAUAAGCGAUGAGCAUUGGAAUACUCUUUUUAUUUCUUUGCUGAUGAGUUUCAAGAAGUUCUGACACGAAAAAAUUGUAAUUGUCCUUUGUGAGUGGUUUAAAAAGAUGAUGUGGUUAAAGUUUCCGAGUUUUCAAUGAAUCAUUAGUUCUGUUGUUCUAUUGAUAUGUAUAUACAACCACCCAAAUUCAAAAUGAAUUAGGAAAAAUUAUGAAAUUCUAGAAUAUAAUUUUAAUGACUAUGUAAUAAAUAGUUGUUUACUUACUGGUUUUAUUAAAAUUCAUUGACUUGUAAACAAUGUAAGAGUUAACUAGAACUCCACCUCUUGUUAAUUAUUUGGAUAUUGAUAAUAAAUUAACUGAAAAAGAUCAUGUUAUUCAAUUGAGGGUUGAUCUUAUUUUCACAAGCUCUACUAAAAAGUAUUUGUGUUGUCUGCAAAGUACCAUUUAAAUAUCUAAGGAGGGAAGCGUGAAUCCACAUUGUGAAAGGCCCGAGUCCUAUGAAAAAUUGAAAUAUUUUCAAAAAAAUAUUGUUUUUGACUACUCUAUCUACUACUCUAUCCAUAUUAUCUUUCAAUGUCACAAAUUUAUUAUUGUUCGCAAGUAAAUGUUUAGAAAACUUUGAAUUGUCCAAAAUUUAGUUGUGGAUCAAUUAUACUUUCUAUGUGUA